AACUUGACCACAGUUACAUUCCUAGCUUGCGCAAAUUGAACGUUAGGACUGACCUGCUUGCUUGUCCUUCAUUGCUGGGUCUUCGCAUCCUCCGUCCCAUUACUUCUCAUCUGAUUAGACUUACAAAGAGAGUAAAACCACCCUGGAUCAGCAAAAGCCCGUCUUCAAGUGCAUAACUUCGCAUAGCAUCUGAAUAUCUUCGAUUGAAUAAAGGAUAGAGAGGAUGGAAAGUGAUGGGCAAAAUGGCAAGAAAUUGAUCCUGGUCCCAGGACCAUUCCAGGGCCACCUCACUCCCAUGCUUCAGCUGGCGACAAUCCUCAAGUCCAAGGGCUUCUCCAUCACAAUUGCUCACACACUUUUCAACAGUCCAGAUUCUUCUGCUCACCCCGAUUUCACCUUCUUAUGCAUGCCUGACGGCUUGUCUGAAGAAGAGGUUCGAAACCCCGAUCUGAUGGGCAUCAUGCUGAGGCUUAAUGUCAAUUGUGAGUCCAGCUUUAGGGAGUGCCUAACUUGGGGCACAAACCAUAUGGAGCCAGUUGACAAGAUUUGCUGCAUCAUCUACGAUGCAAUCAUGUACUUCUCGGAAGCUGUUGCCCAUGAUUUGAAGAUUCCUAGCAUUGCUUUACACACGAGCAGUGCUGCUACUACCAUAGUCCGCCCGAUUCUUCUCCAGUUAAAGGCACAAGGACACAUUCCGAUCCCAGAUUCCAUGUUGCAGGCUCUGGUGCCCCUGCAUCGACCCCUGAGGUUCAAAGACCUACCACUCUCCAAUUUUGGAAGUUUGGACUAUUUCUUGGAGUUGGUAGUCUUGGUGAGUAAUAUCAGAUCCUCUUCGGCCAUUAUAUUCAACAUGAUUCACUGUCUGGAAGAGUCACCUCUGGCGCAGCUCCACCAACAGUUCCAAGUUCCGAUUUUUGCAAUAGGCCCUCUGCACAAACUCGCUCCUACCUCAGCUGUUAGCUUACUGCAAGAGGAUACUGGUUGCAUUUCAUGGCUUGACAAGCAAACUCAUAAUUCAGUUAUUUAUGUGAGUUUAGGAAGCAUAGCACAUCUGGACCAAGACCAAUUGUCAGAAAUGGCUUGGGGUCUGGCAAAUAGCAAGCAGCCUUUCUUGUGGGUUAUUAGGCCUGGCUCAAUACCAGGUUCGGAAUGGAUCGAGUCAAUGGAUGAAGAAUUCAAAGAAUGUGUUAAGGACAGGGCUUGCAUUGUGAAAUGGGCACCUCAGAAGAAAGUAUUGGCUCAUGACGCGGUGGGAGGGUUUUGGAGCCACUGUGGAUGGAACUCCACCUUGGAGAGUAUAGGUGAAGGCGUUCCAAUCAUAUGUCAACCAUGCUUCGGCGACCAAAAUGUGAAUGCGAGGUACUUGACUCAUGAAUGGAAGGUUGGAUUAGAACUGGAGGGUGAGAUAGAGAGAGGGACGGUGGAAAGAGCUGUUAGAACAUUGAUGAAGGAAAAGGAAGGUGAAGAGAUGAGGCAGAGGGUCUUGGAUUUGAAGCACAAGGUUGAAGUUAGUAUAGGUGAUGGUGGAUAUUCUUCCCAUUAUCUGAGCGAGCUGGUCGAGUUGCUGACAUCGUUCUAGCAGCACAGAGUUGUUUGUGACUUAAGGACUGCACAGUAUGAAGUUUGUGUACUGCAGAAAGUGCAGAUUUGGUCUUCUGGCGUUGAAACAGGACAGAACAGCUAUGCUUCGGAUGGAACGAUGAAAUCUGUUGGCUUAUCAUAUGCAAAUUUGUGUUAGAGCAAUCUUUGUUUUGUUCCUAACCAGCCGAGCUGAUCUGAAUGGCUCGAAUUCACUACUCCUUUCACUUGUUCAAGAUUAAUUAAGGCUGGUAGUUUAUGUUUGUCUUAUCAUAAUUGUAUCACGUAAAACUUAAUUUAACUCGAAUAUGACACGUUUAUUCAGUAUAAGACAAUUUUGAAUUCUAAACGAGAUACGCUUAUUAAAUGCAUUGUACAGCAUGAUACAUGUGCUACUUUUUAAGCUGUGGACCAUUAGAACAAACGCGUCAAAUAUGUUUGGACAUUAUCUAAAUGUGUCUAAGUAUAUAUAUUCAUACGAGAACAAAGACCGACUGAAGUUUUUACCGUUUCGGACAAUUUGUAAAAAUAUUUUAAUUUUUUCCGUUUUUUCUAUUCUUUUCUUCUUUUUUUCCCUUCUCCUUUUUUUUUUCCAACCGUGGCCAAUGAGGGUGGCUGGGCCCUUGCUAACCGCGGGUGAGGCAGUCUUCCCCAUAUUUGAGCGAGGCUGCUUCACCUGCGACCAUCGUCCGAAAGGCCGUUGCGGUCUUUGGUGAGGCUGCCUUUGCCCUCGGGCGCGAUGGGCUCACCUAGAUCUAGGGGAGGGGCAUGCGACCCUCGCCGGUGGCCACCAGGUGGCUGUCGUCUUGAUGAAGUUUCCUCCGCUCCAAGUAAAGAAUGAUUGGGGUCGUUCCUAGGAUCCAGACUUUCCUCUGGCUCAUUAAUCAUAAUAAGCUCCUUACAGAGUAUGCUUUUGUUUAACAGGGCAUCACGCAAAAUGCGAAUUGCAGAUGUUUGUGGUUUUCGUAAAGAGGAUGGCCUCCAUGAUCUUCGCGACUUUUUCCUCCACUCAGGACGUCUGGAAAAGUGUCGGUAUUCCUAAUUCAUGUAUGAAGAGCUUCACAGAGCCUCUUCGCACACGGAUCAAGUUUUAUUGUGGUGCAGAAGAAGAUUUCUAGCAUCGUCGAACUUUAUCUCCCCUGGAACUUUUUGCAUAUAAAUUAAAAAUAUACAGAUGGCUCGGAUUUGGAAAACCUGGAUUAGACGGGUGCAGGAGGCAUUUUGCGUAGCCUGUCAAUUUUCACAAAUUAUUGGCUCCACCUCGUCUGUCCUUGCCGAGUUGUCGGCUCUCACUGAUAUGGAUUACAACUUGCUGUGGAUCGUGGAACUCGAAGAUUGAUUGUUGAACUCGACCCCGUGGCUUCACUCCAUUUAAAGGAUAAGAAUUCAUUCAAUGAAGAAAAAGGAAGGUGAAGAGAUGAGGCAGAGGGUCUUGGAUUUGAAGCACAAGUGCGAUGUUAGUAUAGUUGAUGGUGGAUCUUCUUGCCAUUAUCUGAGCGAGCUAGUCGAGUUGUUGAGAUCGUUCUAGCAGCACAGAGUUGUUUGCUACUAAAGCACCGCGCGGAAUGAAGCUUGUGUAGUGCAGAAAGUGCAAAGAUUUGGUCUUCAGGCAUUGAAGAACAGAACAGAACAGAACAGUGAUGUUUUGAUGGCUAAC